UGGAUUAGAGCUCAUGAGAAUCCAACGAAUCCACUGGCUGCAAAUAUCACUGAGGGUUCUGGUGGCUGUCCAUCAACAGCCACCCAACAACCAUGAGUAUCUUAUCCUGGAACUGCCAAGGCUGGGGAAACCCUUGGUAGUAAAGAACCUCAGCAAGGAGGUAAGGAAAAACAAUCCCCAAAUUGUUUUCUUAAUGGAAACAAAAAAACAAACCCGUUAUAUGGACCGUAUUAAGCAUCGAUACGGAUUUGAAGAAAGCUGGAUAAUUCCACCCUGCGGUCAGUCAGGCGGCCUAGCCCUCUGGUGGCUAAAUUCAGUAGUGAUUAACAUCAUCAGCAGCUCAAAGAAUAUUAUACAUACAAAAGUCUCCUCUAAUUCAGUAAAUCUACCUGAGUAUAUUUCCUUCAUUUAUGGCCCACCCAGAGAGGGAGACAGAAGAAAAAUCUGGGACCAAGUACGACACAUUGCCUCCUCUAUGUUAGCGUCGUGGCUUUACGUAGGCGACUUCAAUGAUAUAUUAUCACAAGAUGACAAAUGGGGUGGUAACCCCCAUGUUCUUCGCCGAGUGCUGAAUUUUCAACAAUUUAUCUCUGAUUGUGAGCUACUCGAACUGAUAGCUAAGGGAUCAAGAUUCACAUGGUGUAAUCAGCGAACUAGGGCAGACCAUGUCAAAGAAAGAAUUGAUCGCGCUUUUGGGAACCUCUGUUUCAAGGAAGCUUUCCCGAAGGCUCUAGUGCUCCAUAUUGAACCUAUAGCUUCGGAUCAUCAUCUUCUCCUGGUGGAAUUGUGCUACAACGACAUGAUAACUCCCAAGUCUUUCAAGUUUGAAGCUAUAUGGGUAACCCACCCGGACUUCCUGAAUAUAGUCAGAAACUGUUGGUCGGAGGAAGAAAGGUAUCCAGUGACUGGAAUCCAAGUAUUUGUGGACUAUCUGAACAAUUGCAGAAAGGCGCUCAUCCAGUGGAGCAAAACAGUGUUCCCCAACAACAGGAAACUGAUCAACUCCCUAAUUGGUCGAAUCGAAGAGCUAAAGAGGGGAGUGUACACAGAGGAGAUGAAACACAACAUUGACUCUCUAACUUCUGAAUUAGAGAGUGUUUGGCAAAGGGAAGAAGUGUACUGGUGGCAGAGAAGUCGUACUAAUUGGCUCAAAGCAGAAGACCUCAAUACUAAGUACUUCCAUAGAUCUACUCUUAUGCGAAGACAAAGAAACCUGAUUGUGAGAAUUAAGAAUCAAAAUGGGGAAUGGGUUGAAAAAGAGGAAGGGGUUGCAAACUUGAUAGCAAAUUUUACAACUCUCUUUUCAGAAGUUACCCAGCUUCACAGUUAGACCCAGUUUUUCUACACGCAACCCAAAAUCACAGAACAGCAAAACAGGUGGCUCACUCUCCCAGUGAUAGAAGCUGAAAUCAAAGAAGCCACUUUCCAACUUGGGCAUUCAAAGCCCCCAGCCCUGAUGGUUUCAAUGGCCACUUCUACCAGUUCUCAUGGGACGAGGUAAAAUCUUCUCUCUUAAUCCUAGUUAGGGGUUUCUUUGAAAGGAAUAGUUCAAUAAAUGCCUUGAAUGAAACUAACUUGAUUCUUAUUCCUAAAGUGGACACCCCUGAAUCUGUCUCCUAGUAUACCCAAUAAGCUUGUGUAACUGUGCUUAUAAAAUUGUGGCUAAAUUUUAGCCAACAGAUUGAGAUUAGUGCUUGAUAGUUGCAUUUCUGAAAACCAGAGGGCCUUUAUCCCCAACUGACUAAUCCAAGAUAACAACAUCAUUGUUCAUGAGGCCUUCUACCUUAAGAACAAAAAAUCUGGGAUAAAUAUGAAGUGGCAGUAAAACUGGACAUGAAUAAAGCUUAUGAUCGCAUAGAGUGGGGUUUCAUUGAAGGGAUGAUGAAGAAACUAAAUUUCUGUGAUACAUGGAUUGCCUGGAUCAUGGAUUGUAUUAGUAGUGUCUCAUUUAAUAUCCAGCUAUCAGGGAGGAAAAUAGCUCAGAUUAAACCCCAAAGAGACUUGAGGCAGGGAGACCCUCUCUCCCCCUAUCUGUUUAUUCUGGCAUCCGAAGUCUUCUCCUCAAUGCUCUCUAUCCACGCCAAACAUGGUAACUUUAGGGGUAUUAAUAUCACCAGAGGCGGCUCGAUGCUUACCCAUUGCCUUUUCGCUGAUGAUACCAUUAUCUUUAUGCAAGCCGAGGCUCAAAAUUGCAGGCUGUUCAUGGAAAUCCUCCGAGAGUACUGUAAAUGUUCUGGACAAAGAGUCAACUAUGAUAAAUCAAGCUUGUUUUUCUCUCCUAAUAGGUGAGGAGUCAGAUAGCUUCUUGUCUAAAUAUCCAAGCCACCUCUGAUCCAGGGAAAUACUUGGGUCUACCAAUUCUGUGGGGAUCUUCGAAGCAAGCAGCACUGGCUUAUGUAAGAGACAAAAUGGGAAGGAAAGUUCAAAACUAGAAGAAGAAAUGCCUCUCUUUCACUAGUAGAGAGGUCAUGAUAAAGGCAGUGGUUAAUGCCAUUCCUAUCUACCCUAUGUGCUGUUUUAAAUUCCCAAAACAAACCUACAAAGCUCUAGACCAACUAGUCUCAAACUUUUUCUGGAGCAAUUCUGAGGGAGGAGGGAAAAUACAUUGGAAAGCAUGGAAAUCACUCUCAAGGACCAAGAAGGAAGGAGGAAUAGGAUUUAGAGACUUUAUGGGCUUCAACGACGCCCUACUCGCUAAGACAGAGCAUGGCGUAUCCUACAGUCUCCAGAGAGUCUUUGGGUUCGAAUAUUGAAGAGUAUCUACUUUCCUAAUUCCUCCUUCAUGGAGGCAAAAAAAGGUCCCAAAUCUUCUUGGGUAUGGGAUAGCAUUCUCACAGGACGUAAUUUCUUGAAAUAGAAUCUAUGCUGGCAAAUUGGUAAUGGGCACUACAUCCAAAUCUAGAAAGACCCUUGGGUUCCUGGAGCAGAUAAAUUCCUCCUUCCUAAGAAAGAUGAUGAGGAGGUUAAUGAGGAUUUGUUAGUCUCGAGCCUAAUCAGUGAAAGACAGUGGAAUCUGGACCCUAUAAGGGAGCAAGUUGAGAGCAAGUACUUGAGCCUCAUUUUAAACAUACCUCUUCCCGUAUUGAGUACAGCUGAUAGACUUAUUUGGGCAGCUUCAAAAGACGAAAAAUAUACAGUAAAAGCCGGAUAUAGAGCAGCCUUGACUAAGGUCGAUUUAAAUCUAGCAGUAACGAAAGCUACUCCAUCACUAAAAGUUGAUACUAGAAUCUGGGCUGCUGUGUGGAAACUCAAAACUGCCCCAAGAGUAAAGAACUUCAUUGGAGAAUUCUAAACAGGGCCCUAGCAACUAAAGAAGCUCUAUACCGUCGCAAAAGUGCUCCUGAUCCUAUAUGUCUGAUUUGUAGAGAAGGAACAGAAACUCUUGAAUAUUUGUUUCUGCUAUGCAACUGGACGAAUUUUGCCUGGUUCGGAAGUCCGCUGGGAAUCAUAGUAAACCACUGCAAUGUCCGGAGCAUAUCCUUUUGGAUGGAAAACUUUCUCUUGCAUGAAUUGAAAGAUUCUGAAUAUGGGAAGGCCUACCUAGCUACUCUAUGUUGGUUUAUAUGGAAAUUCAUAUGCAAGUUGGUUUUUGAACAAGAAACCCCAAACCCUACCUUGGUCAUUGAAGCUGCCAAUAAGAUGAUGAGGGACUUCUGGGAAGCUAACGAACUAUUGCCCACUAAUACAGAAAUGGCACUGCCUAAAUCUGCUACUAGGUGGAGGAAGCCACAUUUUGGGCGUGUGAAGUUAAAUUAUGAUGGGGCCUACUAUCGAAAAACAGGUAAAGCUGGCAUUGGUAUAAUCUGUAGAGACUCCUAUGGGCUGUUUUUGCGAGGGUGGUCAAAGGCUGUAGUGGCCUCUUCAGCGCUCCAUGCUGAAAUCUUGGCUUUGACUAAAGCUAUCUCACUCUCUGAAGAAUGGGGGCUCUCGAAUGUCAUCUUGGAAGGAGACUGUAAAGUGCUUAUUGAUGCGAUCUCUGCUCAGUCCCCUUCUUCUUGCCCUUGGCUGCUACAAGGUCUAGUCAACGAUAUCAUAGAUCAGAUUGCAUCACGAAGUACGCUGACUUGUUCUUUUAUUUCCCGUGCGGGAAACUGUGCUGCCGACUUUUUGGCCGCUUCUGCUUCAAGGGAGGUGGGACCCCACGGUCUGAUACUUGUACUGCCACCUCCUCUAGCUUCCAUUCUACUUCAAGAUGCAACUGAUAAGCACAAUCCGGGGAACGACCAGACCUCGCUUGAAGCUGAUAGGGAAGGCGUUGGCUGAAGUUUUGUUUCUUCCUUGUUCUAGUUUCUUUGCGUGUGUUUCUUUCUUUUCCCUUGUUGUACUGAACUCGUUGUGUUUUGUUUCUGUUUUUAUGGAUGUUUUUUCCCCUGGUCAAAAAAAAAAGGUGGCUUCAUAAAGCUAGGGUUUGAAAUUGAUGGGUUAGACGACAA